CAGGUUGUUUGACCCCUUUCUUGUUAUGGGCAUGCAUUCCUUCAUUCUUAUUAAUAUGGGUUAGGUGCCUACCCAUGGCAAGAGCAGUUCUAGGCAGGGAGAGGCCCCUACCCACCCAGAGCUGACGGUCUAGGGCUUGUUUACAUUGUAGGUUUCAGCGGGAAAGCAAGAACACCCAACCCCCUGCUUUUGAUUCUAUCUUAGUAGGUCAGCGCGCCUGUGCGAGCACACGCUGCAGCCAGGGUAGGGGCUCAGAAACUGGUUGACAAGAUGAGCAGUGGGGUCCUAGGGGGUUCGGCGGGAAGGGCCCACAAGGCCAUAUCCCAGGCUGUUCGGCCGCGAGUGACCCCUGAGAGGUCGGGAUCUCCGAGCUCGCCCGAUGUCUCCAUCCCAGCCAGCCAGGAGCCUGCGAAGGGGAAGGAGGGCGGAAGCAGAGUGGGACAGAUGUGGUUCGUUCUGGGGCUUCCUGUCCACGAAGAUGGAUAAUUCUAGCGACCCGCCUGGGAUUUUGGAAUCCUGGCGGACCCAAAAGACAGCAGGUCAUCGCAGAGGAUGCCACCUCGCAGGGCAGCCCGCCCAGAGCGACGGUCUCACAGGUUCCGGCGCCGUCGAGCGCCCAAGCCUCCUGUUGGCCGCCAGCUGUGCCCGCGACGCCCUGGGUCGGGAGGAGGAGACCCGAGGCGCCGGCAAGUCCCCCGCUGCCGGUGGCCCGGAGGGCAGGGGUGAGGACGGGGACGUGUACUGAACUUUGGGAGGUUUGCGGGGCUGGAGUUUUGUUUCAGAGAUAGCCAGAUCGAGAUCAGAACCUUUUCCAGAGAGCCCAGGUUUCCACUUGUGGCUGGGCGACCCCGUCCGGAACUCAUCCUUUCUGGGCCCUCAGCUUUCUCCAGGCGGGGCUCCGAUGUGGCAGCUAAGUUCCGCGCCUCCUGCGGGUGCCAGGUACUGGCGUGUUCGACCCGCGCUGCGGUUGGCUUCUUGCUCCACAGCGCUAUGCGCGCGGCGACUCCGAGGGCUCCUGGUCUCAGCCAACGGCCUUCUUUCUGGGGCCGCCGCUUCCCUCCAGAGCCGCUCGGGUCCCAUUGCAGAGAGUCCCGCAGCGCCCGCCGGCAGCCACGGCACUUCGCAAUAACCAACUUCCCCGCCGCCGGCGCGUCUCGCCACCCUGCCCUCGGCCGCAGGCGACUGGACGGCGGUUACGGGGCGGUCCCAGCGCCACCACGAUUGGCUGUCGGCUCCGCCAGUCAUGGGCUGAUGACGCCCCGGGGCUGGCCCCGCCCCUCAUGGCGGCCCCGCCUCCCCUCCAGAGCCUGGUCGUCUUAGCCCUGCUUUCCGCCUCAUUCGUUGAGCAGGUCCGUGAAUUGUCAGCGCGCUCCGGGCGAGUGUGUAGCCGCGGCGGCCGCCAGGCUUGCCGCACUCCCCCUGAGGUGCCCGCCGGAACCAAUGUGCCCUGGUCCACUGGGCCGUGAGCAGCCACCGAGUGGGGGCAACUUGGCACUUAGAACCGCAGCAGGGACGUCGGUUUGCGAUCGGGACUCGGCGAGGACGGUGAGUGGCCGCGCGCCGGGCUAGCGGCUCCUCUCGGCGCGGUUCGGCGGCCGCGAGAGGGGACGGGACGCGUCCUGGCGCCCGGCGGUCCGUUCGUCCGAGCGUGACCGCUGUGGGGAGGUCAGGGCUGGGCGGGAUUUACUCCGUGCCAAUAUCCCCACUCCCGAACUUCUUGUUGUCAAAGCAUCCCAACUCCGCCCGGGACGCGGUUCCAGUCCGCACCAACUUGGCGUAAUUGACAUGGGUAGGUGGGGCCGGGACGCGUCCCCUGCCCCUCUGCGGCAACGACAUGGAGCGCUGGGGCGGCCUCCGCGCCCGCGGCGGGCGGACCGCGGUUCCUGAGAAAUUACCCACGCUGUGUGCCGCACGAUAAGACCCGGCGUUCGUGUCUGGAUCCCCAGGCUGAGCGAGCGCUCAUCGGGCUCAAGAUGGAAAUCCUGUAUGAAUGUGGAAGCCAUUAGCAGAGUAAUUGCUGUCUGUUACCAUGACAACCAGCCGCUGCAGUCACCUGCCCGAAGUCCUGCCAGACUGCACCAGCUCAGCUGCGCCCGUGGUGAAGACGGUGGAGGAUUGUGGCAGCCUAGUGAAUGGGCAGCCACAGUAUGUCAUGCAAGUUUCAGCCAAGGAUGGGCAGCUGCUGUCAACAGUAGUGCGGACUCUUGCCACCCAGAGCCCCUUCAAUGACCGGCCGAUGUGCAGGAUCUGCCACGAGGGCAGCAGCCAAGAGGACUUGCUCUCUCCAUGUGAAUGUACAGGGACCUUGGGGACAAUUCAUCGGAGCUGCCUGGAGCACUGGCUGUCAUCCUCAAACACCAGCUACUGUGAACUCUGCCACUUCAGGUUUGCAGUCGAGCGCAAACCCAGGCCGUUAGUGGAGUGGCUGAGAAACCCUGGCCCCCAGCAUGAGAAGCGGACUCUGUUUGGUGACAUGGUGUGCUUCUUGUUUAUAACUCCCCUGGCCACCAUCUCGGGCUGGCUGUGCCUGCGGGGCGCCGUGGACCACCUGCACUUUAGUAGUCGGCUGGAAGCCGUUGGACUGAUUGCACUCACUGUCGCACUCUUCACUAUUUACCUCUUUUGGACACUAGUGUCAUUUAGGUACCACUGUCGAUUGUACAACGAGUGGCGUCGGACCAAUCAGAGGGUGAUUCUCCUCAUUCCAAAGUCUGUCAAUGUACCUUCUAACCAGCAGUCCUUGCUGGGCCUCCAUUCGGUCAAGAGGAACUCAAAGGAGACAGUUGUUUGAUGUUUGUAUGGUUGGUUGGUUGAUUCACUGUUUGGGGUUUGGAAGUGUCUGCACUGGGGUCAUGCACUGAGCCACCCCCAAGCCCUUCCUUAAGCCUGUGGGUCUAAGAACAUCCAGAGCGCGUUAGCACAUCACCCCAAGCAACAACCUCCGCCAGAAGAAAGCAAAUGCUGUUUUACUUCAAAUCGUGGAUGCUGCAAUCAUAUGAUAUUUGCUAAGCUGCCAAACAUGUUUAUUUAGCAGAUACUGUAUGGAAUUUUCUGAACACCUCUUUAACGUAUGAGGAAGGUUGUCCUGCUACGGAUGCAAUUCAAUUCUUCCUUUUUUAUUACUAUUUCAAACACACAUAUAUAUAUUAAACUUAGAUGGUAAUCAAAAUCAAAAAGCCAACGUAAAAACUGGUUUCUUGGUUUGGUUGGGUCUUAUUUGAGUUAGUUUGUUUCUCAGUUUCUCGUAUGGAUUCUUUGGGGUACUUUGGUAGCCUGAGUGGUCUUUUUCAUCUCUUUCACAUCCAUUACUCAAGGAGACAGCAUAACAGAUGCAGAAAAAGUCAUAUUUGAAGAAUGUUUUGUACUAAACUUCAUUUAAUUAUUCAGUUUUUAAAGGGAAAAAGGGCGUGGCAACUCUCCACACAGUGAGCUGUUUAUUUAAAUAUCAUUAAGGAGAAAAAAAAUAUGGUGAGAAGCUCGCUCCUUUCAACUUGUUUGGUACUGACAGCUGAUAGAAGCUAUUUUCUAAUAAUAAACAUACAGUGUGUGAAAGACAAAA